CUCAAUCCACCGCCAAAAUGCUGUCUCGAGCUGCGCGUCCGGCUCUGAGAGCUGGCCUGGCCGCCGCCGCACGGCCCGCCCCCCUCGUUGCCACCAAUGCCGCCGGUUAUGCCACCCUCCGUGAAAUCGAGGGCCGCCUCAAGUCGAUUCGCAACAUCGAGAAGAUCACCAAGACCAUGAAGGUUGUCGCCUCCACCAAGCUCACCCGCGCCCAGAAGGCUAUGUGGCAGUCCCGUACCUACGGUCAGACCUCCAACACUGUUUUCGACAGCGCCGAGACCAAGGCGAUGGAGGGCGAGGGCAAGAAGACGUUGAUCAUCGUCUGCAGUUCCGACAAGGGUCUCUGCGGUGGUAUCCACUCCGGAAUGUCGAGGAAGGUCAGAGGCAUGCUGAACCAGACCCCUGAUGCGGACCUCGCAGUCAUCGGAGAGAAGUGCAAAGCGCAAUUGGGCCGUUCCAACCCCAAGAACAUGGUUGUCAGCUUUGCCGGUGCCGGAAAGGAUAUCCCCACCUUCGCCGACUCCCUGUGCAUUGCCGACCAGAUCUCCAUGCUUCCUUCCGAGUACAUCUCCAUCAAGAUUGUCUACAACAAGUUCAUCAACGCUGGUAGCUACGAGGCGACGGUCCAGGAGGCCUACUCCGAAGAGGCUAUUGCCAACUCUCCUCAAUUCUCCGCUUUCGAGAUCGAAGACGAGGUGCUCCCCAACCUCCGCGAGUACGCUCUUGCCAACUCGCUCUUCUGGGCGCUUGCUGAGGGUCACGCUUGUGAGCAGUCUGCUCGCCAGAACGCCAUGGACAACGCCUCCAAGAACGCCGGAGACAUGAUCAACAAGUUCCAGAUCUUGUACAACCGUACUCGUCAAGCCGUCAUUACCGGCGAACUUGUCGAGAUUAUUACUGGAGCGGCUGCUUCUGAGGGUUAA